AUGGACUCUCCUGCACGUUCCGGUACCCCAUCUGAGAUGUCCUCACCUGUGGCCAAUUCCCACCCUCCGCCAUCGGUCCAUAGGCAGAUACACGUUCCGCCUGGCAGCAGAAGCGUAUCACGUCGACACAAUUCAUUUUUUGAUUCUGAUUCAGAGAGGCUCUUGCCUGUGGGCAAUCACCCCACACUGGCACCCCAGCCUAGCCCCCGCCCUGUAUCACGUGGCCCCGAUUCCCUUUUUGAUUCUGACUCGGAUCGAAUGCCCUCGCCUGUGCCCACUGGUCGCCGUCCCCCUCCAUGGAUACCAGCUGACAUGACUGUGUUCAUACAGCCUUCCGACUCCUCAUACAACUCGCUUUUCGACUCCGAGUCCGAUGAGGAUGCAGUCCCCGCGAAUCCCAUUUCCUAUCCUUCCUUUCCUAAACUCGCUGAUUUCUAUUUCACUAAAGUCCUUGGUCAGGGUUCUUUCGGGACCGUUUACCUGGCCCGAUCUCAUUACAGUAAACACUCUACUGCUGUCAAAGUGACGUCCAAGAGGAACGUCGUCCUCUCAAGCUUUGACCAGUCUCUGAAAGGCGAAGCCAAAAUUUUAGCCUCACUUGAUCAUCCAUUUAUCAUCAGAAUUGAAUUUGCCUUCCAAAAUCAAGACUACCUGUUCGUUGGACUCCAAGUUGCAACUAACGGAACCCUCAGCCAUUAUCUGGAUGCUUAUGCACCCAUGAGUACCACCCAAGCUCUGUUCUAUCUGAGUCAAAUUACCCUUGCUCUCGACUACAUCCAUGAGCAAGACAUAAUACACGGAGAUUUGAAGCCAGAGAAUUUACUAGUGUCCGAAGGUGGAUACUUGAAGUUAACCGACUUUGGUCUUGCUCGCAGCAUCUCCAGCGAGAAAGAGGCCAACACUUGUUUCGGAACCAUGUAUUACAUGGCCCCAGAAAUGAUUAGACGCACCACCUAUGGACCCUCCAUUGACUGGUGGGCCCUUGGAAUCAUCAUGUAUAAAAGCCUGUUUGCCCGCUUCCCUUUUGAGGUAGAGCAUUCUGCAGACGAUGACCCAAGAAACUACCAAGAUGAUCACGAAAGGGUUAAACUCCUCAUUGUGAAUGGCCGCUAUCAGCUACCCUACCCCAUUGACCCCCAUGCCUUGUCGUUUAUGAAACGACUCUUGUCGCACAACCCCAGUCAUAGAUUACUAGAUUUUGCUACCAUCUGCAAUGAGUAUGCCUACUUCGAGGACGUAGACUGGAAUCACCUUUGGCAGAAGAAAUACUUACCUCCAUUCGCUCCCCCUAGCCCCAGCCUAGAGCUGCAUGAUCCGGCCUUCGAUACGGACUACACAUUCCGAUAUGUGCCUCGUAAAGUCGCUACCCGGGACCGUUUUCACGUUUUCUUCAAGGACUUUCACUACUUGAGAACCCCUUGGCAAGUCAUCAAAGAUGGUCAAGAACCUAUGCCCAUCCCAUCCAGCAGUAUUGACAACGGUAGCGCUUAA